AUGGCAAACGAAGGGCGCAUCGCUACUCUGGAUUCAACCAUCGCCGAUAGGCUUCCUGCAUUCUCAAAGACACUCUUUGACGGCAAGGCCGCCAAAGACUUAAGCUUUGAGGCAAUUGCAAAGCAUCUAGGCCGUAGCGAAGUUGCGGUGGCAGCAUUGUUCUACGGACAGGCCACCGCCUCGUCUGAGGAUGUUGAGAAACUAUCAGAGAUCCUUGACCUUCCCAAGGAGGCGUUGGCUGCCCAGCUAACAGGCUUUCCUAACCGUGGCCAGGCUGGACCCAUGCCUCCUACUGAGCCUCUCAUCUACCGCUUGUACGAGAUCGUUCAAAACUACGGUUAUGCCUACAAGGCUAUCCUCAACGAGAAGUUUGGAGAUGGUAUCAUGAGUGCAAUUUGCUUCUCUACCACAGUGGAGAAGGAAGUGGAUGAAGCAGGCUCACCAUGGGUCGUUAUCACAUUGAAGGGCAAAUGGCUCCCUUUCAGUCGUUUCUAG